UUUCCGGAAGUGGAGUCGCUCUGGCGGGGUGGGGGCAAACAGUAAUGGCUGCCAUGUUUACGUGCUGUCUAAACUGCUGCGGAGAUGGAGGGUCGGGGCAUAUUCAACUUAAAGAGAUGCCCACAGUUCAGUUGGAUACUCAUCACAUGGGCACAGACGUUGUCAUCGUGAAAAGUGGACGAAGGAUAUGUGGCACUGGAGCGUGUCUUGCCAACGCUCCCUUGCACCAGAACAAAAGUUUUUUUGAGUUUAAGAUUCAGUCCACUGGUGUGUGGGGAAUUGGUGUGGCCACGCAGAAGGCCAACCUUAACCAAGUGCCUUUGGGCAGAGAUUCAAACAGCCUCGUCUUGAGGCACGACGGCUCUGUCUUCUACAACAACGAAGAGAAGAACCGCCUGCCUGCAAACAAUCUCCCCCAGGAGGGUGACAUUGUGGGCAUCUCGUAUGACCACGUGGAGAUGAACUUGUACCUGAAUGGAAAGAACAUGCAUUGUCCCGCGUCAGGGAUCCGAGGCACCGUAUACCCUGUUGUUUAUGUGGAUGACAGCGCCAUCUUAGACUGCCAGUUCAGUGACUUCUACCACACACCUCCGCACGGAUUCGAGAAGAUCCUCUUUGAACAACAAAUCUUCUAAACAAAAGGCCUUUAUUCCUCGUCCCCCUUGCAAAUGUAUCACAUAUGAUGUUUGACUGUGAUUGGCUGUGUGGCUCUGAUGAUAUACCUCGCAAUCGCUCCGGAUUGACCUGAAAGGAUUAGCCUUGAAGGAGUGUAUUUUGAUUCAUGAUUAUUGUCCUUCUUAAUGAGUCAGAGGUGAUCAAUAGUUUGGGAUGGGUGUCUAUACUUUUCCUUGUUGAGGGAAAAUCAGUUAAUCAAUGGAAGUAUUACAAAUGCCAGUAUGGUAUUGAGCGGAAUAAUGCUGCCCUCUGCGUGGAUGGAUCUCAACUUCCCAUAGCUGACGUCAUGUUCCUUGUCUUCAGGCAGCAAACCAGCCUGGGCAGACUAAUCAGCGCCUCUGCAAAGUAGUGCACUCCUUUUAGACUCCAUUUCUGCAAUUAACGACGAAUUCCACACAAUCGACAAAAGUUUAAGAGAGCAAUUCAUCGACUAAUUAAUUAUUCUGCCCAUCCCCACUUUGAGUAGUGUCUGUUCUCUUGUGUUUACUUCUUCUCUGCAAGAAGUAACAAUUCACACAUACUGACUAUAUAUAUAUAUAUAUAUAUAUAUAUAUAUAUAUAUAUAUAUAUAUAUAUAUAUAUAUAUA